GUCUCGGGGAGCCUUGCUUGCUUCAUAGCGUGGAAGAGUCAGCAUCUUGACUCAAUAGGAUUCAUGAGGAGCCCCCUCAUAGUGAGUAUCUACAGUUACCGUAGUGUUCAAAAAUAUCCUAGAAGAGAAUGAUCCCGUCGCUCCUGCCAAUCUGACAUGAACGUCGUUCCUGCAUUAGACCCAACUGCACAGUGCUGGUACAUUUAUACACCGUACACACACUGUCCAAAACUCUACCUGCAGCCUCAACUGUGAACGCCUGAGUCCAGACUCCGUGACUGCACCCUCCGUACCCUCGCAAUCUCAAUGUCCCUCUAUCACGAGGCGGCCGAGCUUCUACUCGCCUCGCCAAACGAGGGUGGCAGCCUCAAAGCCCGCGUCUUUCGCCGCAAGGACCUCAAGUCUCCACCAGCCCAGCUGUAUGCCCUGGUGCUGGAGACGUGCAAAUGGAGCGCCGUGCUGAAGGAGGUUGUCGAGAAGAGCGAACUGCUCAAGCUCGAGAGAAAGCUCACGCCCGCACUGGCACUUCUACUGGUGCAUGAUCUGCUGAUAUCAAAAAAGGGCCUCGCCCUGCCACAGAGCCACGGUCUGAGCCAGAACGUCGUGAAGCACAAGGGGAGACUCAGCUCCGAGUUCACACGUGCGAGACUACGGCGGAAAGCACCUACCGUCGACGCACUGAGAGAGCAGGUGGAGGCUGAGGCUGCUGGUGAUGCCGAGGGCUAUCCCCGCUGGGUGCGAGUGAACGCGCUCAAGACGACGGUGGAGGAGCAGCUGGAGACCACCUUUAAGAACUACGAGAGGGCCAGCACCCUGAAGGAGGUCAUCACCACCAAGGCUCGACAGGCCAUAUGGGUCGACCCCCACGUACCAAACUUGCUCGCCGUCACCCAGGGCACGGCGCUGUUCAAGACGGAGGCGUACACAUCGGGCAAGAUCAUUCUCCAGGACAAGGCGUCCUGCUUCCCCGCGUACCUGCUCGACCCCCGCGCGGAGGAUGGUGAUGUGAUUGACGCCUGUGCUGCGCCGGGCAACAAGACGACACACCUGGCCGCGGUCCUCCACAGCCACCGGCCCGAGUUCGACAGCCCGCCCCAAACGGUGUAUGCAUUCGAGAAGGAUGCGGGCCGGGCCAAGACCCUGGAAAAGAUGGUCACCAUUGCCGGGUCGAGGAAGACGACCAAGAUUGGCCCGGGGCAGGAUUUCUUGAGGGUCAACCCCCAGGAUCAGCGAUACGCCAACGUAGGCGCACUCCUGCUCGACCCCAGCUGUUCGGGUAGUGGGAUUGUCGGCAGGGACUCGAUGCCCGAGUUGCAUCUCCCCGAAGCGAUCGGCGCCAGCAAGAAGAAAGCCGCAGAGCCCAGCAAGACGCUCAAAAGGAAGCACGAGGAGGUGGCGGCGCCCGAAGAAAACAUAUUGCGGGACGACGACGGCAACGAGACCAUUGUCAAGUCGGAGAAGGACCUCCAGUCUCGUCUGGAGGCCCUGGCGUCUUUCCAGCUCACGCUCGUUUUGCACGCGUUCAGGUUCCCGCGCGCGACAAAGGUCACGUACUCGACAUGCUCUAUCCACGCAGAGGAGAAUGAGUCUGUCGUCAUGAAAGCCCUGCAGUCCGACGUUGCUCAACGGCGGGGAUGGAGGAUCCUCAAGCGAGAGGAUCAAGUCAGCGGUCUACGGGACUGGGAGGUGCGCGGCCUGAGCGAGGCGUGCGACGGCGACAAGGAUAUUGCGGAGGGUUGUAUACGGUCUUAUAAAGGCGAUGGGCGUGGUGUCAUGGGAUUCUUUGUCGCGGGGUUCGUGAGAGCCCCCGGCGACGAUCUACGGGAAGAGGAGCAGGAGAAUGAGGGGCCGUAUGUACGGGACGAGGACGGCGUCAUCGUCCGCGACGGACAGGGCAUGCCGGUGCUCAAGUCUACGGGGGAGCCAGUCACUCUGCGGCCCCGGGACGCCGAAGAGGAGGAGGACAUUGUUGACGGCGGCGACGACGACGUUGAAUCAGCCAGCACGGAUAGCAGCAACAGCAGCAGCAGCGACGACGACGACGACGACGACGACGACGACGGUGGUGAAGACGAGUGGGCUGGUUUCGGAGAUUAGAGUGUUUGAGACGAGCAAACUUUUAACUCAUUCGAUCAACAGAGGAUCGUAUCCACCGUCAGAUUGCCCGGGAUGGCUUUCGUCGUUGUGCAAUGCCUCGGGACGGAGGGUGGCC